AUGUCGGAUCGAAGCCCAAUCGAUGACCCAUUUGCUUCAUUUGAGCAGCAGCAAUCAUGUCCAACAGUAACAACACCAACCAAACAAAAAUUUAAUGAUUUUUUUGAAAAUCGAUCAUUGAACGAUACUGAUCCAUUCGGUAGUCAUAAUGGUAAUGAAAUUCAUGGACAAGAAUAUCAUUCACGUAAUGACAGUGAUAAGGAUGAACAUCAUAAUGGAACUAAUGGUAACAAUCAAGAUGAAUCGCAAACAUUUUCAUUAAACAAUAAUCUUUUUCCGGUGGAUACAAACGAAAAUGAGAAAGCUUAUUAUCAUGAAUUUUCAACAUGCAAACAUGAAGAAUCUGAAGAUUCGUCAUUAAAUUUUAAUUCAAAUAGCAAUGCUGAUGUAACAGACAAAAGUACACUCUUACUUGAACUUGAUUCUAAUGCACCUGUAUCGGAUCAUACGCAUGCAGACAGAAUAUCUUUUACGCCAUCAUCAACUGGUCCAUUGAAUGAUACAUUGUCACCACAGAAUGAUAGAAAUGAUAGUUCUCUUGAUUUUUCUGGUAGUACAAAUGAAGACAUAGUUAAAGAUGAACAACAAUCGUAUUUAACAAGUUUUAAUAAUCCAUCAGAAGAUAUUAUUUUAGCAUCACCAAUCAAAGAAGAUAUUCACUCGCCUGUCAAAGAUGAAACAUGCGAAGAAGCUCAAUCACCAAUCAACAAACGACCAGAUGAUUUGCAAUUAUCAGUCAAACAACAACAACAACAACAACAACACGAUGAAAAUUUAUCAUCACCUAUCAGCAAAGAACAUGAAUAUGUUCAAUCACCAGUUAAAGAUAAACAACAUGCAGAUAUUCAAACUCCUGUUAGACAAGAGCAACAUGAAGAAGGUCAUUCGUCAAUUAAAGAAUACGAGCAAGUAGAUGAAAAUAUUCAAUCACCUGUUAAAGAACAACAAUAUGAAGUUAUUCCAUCGCCUGUUGAUGAACAACAAUAUGAAGUUAUUCCAUCGCCUGUUAAUGAACAACAACAACAACAACAAGAAAAUAUUGAAUCACCAGUUAAAGAAGAACAUCAUGAAGAAAUUUCAUCGCCUAUACAAGAACAGCAUCAAGAAAAUAUUGAAUCACCAGUUAAAGAAGAACAUCAAGAAAAUAUUGAAUCACCAGUUAAAGAAGAACAUCAAGAAAAUAUUGAAUCACCAGUUAAAGAAGAACAUCAAGAAAAUAUUGAAUCACCAGUUAAAGAAGAACAUCACGAAGAAAUUUCUUCGCCUGUACAAGAGCAGCAUCAAGAAGUUCAAUCACCAGUGACAGAACAACAAGAUGAAUUUGUUUCGUCACCUAUUAAGGACGAGCAAACUGAAAUUCUUGAAUCACGAGUUGUUGAACAUCAUCAAGAAGAUUUACGAUCACCAAUUAUAGAACAGCAAUAUGAAAUUAUCUCAACACCCGUUGAUGAACAACAUGCUGAUAUUUCCUCACCAGUUAAAGAUGAACAUCUAGAAGAUAUUCAUACGUCUGCUCAAGAAGAAGAAGAACAACAAGAAAUUCUUGCGUCACCUGUUAAAGAAGAACAGGAACAAAUCCAAUCACCAGUUAUAGAACAGCAAUGUGAAAUUAUUCCAUCGCCUGUAAAUGAACCACUGGAAAAUAUUCAAUCACCAGUUCAAGAAGAACAGCAAGAAGAAAUUCAUUCACCUGUAGAAGAACAGCACGAAGUGGUCCAAUCGCCUGUUCAAGAACAGCAAACUGAAAAUCUUGCAUCACCAGUUGUCGAGCAACCAGAACAAAUUCAUUCGCCCGUUGUCGAACAACAUCAAGAAGAUUUACAAUCACCAGUUAAACAAGAACUCUAUUUUGGUACUCUAUCACCAGCCGUUGAAGAACAAAUAGAUGCAAUGGUUAAUAACGCAUUAAAACAUGUUCAAUCAUCAAUCGAAGAUGAACAACCUGACCUACUGAUUUCAUCAGUUAAAGAACAAGAACAAAUUUUACAAUCACCAGCGAAAGAAGAACAACCUGAAAUUUUGACUUCACCCGUUAAGGAAGAUGCUGUAGCUACUUCUUCACCUGUUAAUGAAGAAGCAGAACAAGGCAUAAAUGAGAAUGUUUUAUCAGAUAAUAAUGAAGAAAAUCUUUCAAAUGAUGAAGAAAAUGUGAUUGCAUCAACUCCAUUGAAUGAAAAUGAAGAAACAACGGAUGCUACUGAUGAAGAUCGUCGUUUUAAUGAUAAAUGUAAUGAGGUUGACAAUGCUGCCAACGAACUAGCAGCUAAAAUUGAUCUUGCUACUCCACCAUCACCAGCAACUACACCAGGUCGACAAUCACCACCACCAUUCUCAGAUAUAGAAGCAGAAGUAGCAUCAUCACCAAUUUUACAAGCAUCAUCACAACAAAUUGUAGAAUCUACUCAAUCGAAUGAUGAUGUCCAUACACCUUCACCAACAGGAGAAUCUGAAAAUGUUCAACAAGCAAUAUCAUCUGCUACUACACCGAAUUUAGAUUUAACUUUACCAGUAGUAUCUUCACCAAUUGUUCCAGUCGCGGUAUCGCCUAGUAAAGUUACUUCAACAACAAAGAAACCUGCAAGUGCUGCUCAUCCUGCACGAUCAAGUGUUGCCACAAAGACUAAACCAUCAUCUGCGGCAGCUGCUACAACAAAGCCUACAGACCAUAAACCAACGACUGUUGCAUCAUCGUUAAGAUCUACCGAACAUAAACCGACUGCUGUUGCUGCUGCGACAUCAAAAUCGACGGAGCAUAAACCACAUGCCGCGACAACAUCAAAAUCUAUUGAACAAAAGCCAACAGCUUCAAGUGUAAAAUCGACUGAACCAAAACCACCAGCUACAAUUCGUAAAACUACUCAACCCGCAACAACAACAACAACAACAACAAAUACUGCAGCUGCUUCUCACAAACCAAAGGUAACACCAACUUCUCCUUCACAUGAAGCAUCAGCAAGUUCAAAACCAACUCGUGAUGUUCAACCCAAAGCUACCACUUCUGCAACAGCGGUAACAGCAGCAAAGCCGAAACCAACAGCGAGUUCAACAGCAGUGGCAGCCCGAUCAACAAUAAAACCAUCCACAACAAAACUCACGCGUCCAUCAACAAUUAAUAAAACUCCAGAUGCAACUACAUCUGGUCAACAAACAACAAUACUUUCAACAGCUCCUGAAGGUAGCAGCGCAUCGGCAACAGGUGUAGCAGCAGCUUCUGCUAGUUCAACUACUAAAACAGAUGUUCGACCAACACAAAUUUCAACUAGACCCCCAGCUAAAGCUGCUUCCAACGGUACCGCUGGUGCUUCUUCACAUGCACCAGGAUCAACUGUUGCAUCACGUGUAUCUACUUCAGCAAGUAAAACAACGGUUACACAACAACGUCCGUCAUCUCAUACACGUACUACAGCUACAAGACCAGCCACAACAACUAAUUCAUCGACUGCAGUUACUAACCAAUGCUCAACAAGUGCCAAUCGGCCAUCAACAUCCAAUGGAACAUCAGGCACCACGGUGAGAUAG